AUGCUUCGUCAAAUCGCUCUCGUCGCCCUCGCGGCGCUUCCCGGCUCUCUGGCUCAGGUUACUGAAGGCUUCGAGAACGGAUGGGACCAGACUGCAUGGCCGACUUACGCUCUUGAUUGCAGCCAAGGUGGCUCAGUCGCGCUCGACACUACGACUGCUCACAGCGGCAAGAACUCGAUCAAGGUUACCGGUGCUGGUGGCUACUGUGGACACAUCUUCGUCGGCACGACCAAGGUUCCCAGCAGCGGCGACGUCUACGUCAGGACCUGGCUCAAAGCCUCAAAGGCCCUGACCGAUUCUCACGUCUCUUUCAUCACCAUGCCCGACUCCGCCCAAGGAUCCAAGAAGCACCUUCGCAUCGGCGGCCAAUCCAAGAUCCUCAUGUACAACCGCGAAUCCGACGACGCGACGCUUCCCGACCUCUCGCCGAACGGCAUCGCAGCGUCCAAAGCUCUUCCCACCGGCAGCUGGCAGUGCUUCGAGUACCACCUGGGCGCGGACGGGUCAAUUGAGACAUGGCUAAACGGAGAAGCCAUCGCGGGGCUGACCACAAAGAACAACUCCAACGCAGGACAGUGGACAAGGAGCUCGAUCAAGCCCAAGAUUACGGGGGUUUACUUCGGAUGGGAGUCGUACGGUGGGGACACAAACACAUUUAACUACGACGAUAUUGCUAUUGGCUCGACCCGAAUUGGCUGCACGUAG